UAAAUAACCCCGAACAUCGGCCACUCUUGAACAGUUCACGUUCGGUGAAUGCGCCUCGAUUCGCUGCUGAAUCCAGAGCUCUGCUGCGAUCCCGUUUUCUCUUCACAUGGCGGUGACGCAAGUUGGCAACAACUUGGCAGCCAAGAUGAAGGAGGCGAGCAUGAAGGCUGAUCUGGAGGCGCCUCUGCCUGCUGGACAGGAGGAUUACGCCAUCCAGUGCCGGGACGUGUGCCGGUCGUACGGCAAGCUGAAGGUCCUCAGCAACCUGAACCUGGCGGUGCCGCAGGGACACAUCUAUGGCCUCUUGGGGCCCAGCGGAUGUGGGAAAACCACGCUCCUGAAAUGCAUCGUGGGAACCCUGAAGAUCUCGCGGGGUCACAUCACUGUGUUGGGGAAGCCGCCUGCGUUUCCCGGUCACAACGUCCCGGGGAGGAUGGUGGGAUACAUGCCGCAGGAACUGGCGCUUUACAACGAGUUCACCAUCAGCGACACUCUGACCUUCUUCGGCCGAGUCCACGGCCUGACGUCGAAGGAGACCCAGGCCCGCAUGGACUUCCUCAUCGACUUCCUGGAUCUACCUCAGAAGCACAGCCUGGUCCGAAAUCUCAGCGGAGGUCAGCGGCGGAGGGUUUCUCUGGGAGCCGCUCUGCUGCAGAACCCAGAGCUGCUCAUCCUGGACGAGCCCACGGUCGGAGUCGACCCCGUUCUCAGGGCAAAGAUCUGGCAGCAUCUGGUGGAGAUUGUGAAGACGGGAAAAGUGUCCGUUAUUAUCACCACACACUACAUAGAGGAGGCCAGGCAAGCCCACGUGGUCGGUCUCAUGCGUAACGGCCGUUUGCUGGCUGAAGGUCCUCCAGAGGCCGUCAUGAAGCAGCACAGCGCCACGACUCUGGAGCGAGCCUUCCUGCAGCUGUGCGAGACGUCGGACCAGAUCGGCUCCAAACGAGGAUCCAGUCCGCAGGGUGGGCCGAUAGAAAACAGCCAGUCGUUUGAGAGCGGGCGGGACGAGAGCGAGCCGAUACUGGCAGUCGCACCGGCAGCAGAAAUUCCUAAAUGUUCAGCCGACUGGAAGGUGCGAGCCCGACAUGUGCUGCCCAAGUGGAGGAACAUCGCUGCCCUGAUGAUUAAAACGCUGGUGCGGAUGAAGAGGAUGCCGGGCUCGUUGUGUUUCCAGUUCCUGCUGCCCGUCAUCCAGAUCUCUCUCAUCUGUUUGUGCGUUGGAGGAGAUCCAAAGGGGAUCCAUGUGGCCGUGGUGAACAACGAGACCUCCUCCUCCUCCUACAGCCAGUCGCUGCUCUCCUUCCUGGACAACUCCAGCGUGCACCAGGUUCCCUUGAACCACACGGAGGCUUUUGAUGGGAUCUAUAAUGGGGAAUAUUGGGGCGUCAUCGGCUUCGGGAAGAACUUCACCAGCUACCUGACAAAACGGAUGAUCCAGCGGCAGGUUUCCAGAGACGUGGUGGAUGGAGGAUCAGUGCACGUCUGGCUGGACUUCACCAAUCGACAGAUUGCCUUCAUGCUGCAGAAGAAACUCCACGAAGCCUUUCAGGGUUUUGUGGAUAAUAAGUUGGGUAGUAUGUCGUACCUGGUCGCCCUGCCUAUAAAGUUCGAGGAGCCGAUCUAUGGCAGCCAAAACACCGACUUCACUACGUUUGUGACACCCGGAGCUGUUCUCAGCAUCACCUUCUACCUGGCCGUGGGUCUGACGGCGCUCUCCUUCGUCCUGGAGAGGAAGGAGGGGCUUCUGGACAGGUGUUGGGUUGCAGGUGUGAGCUCCCUGGAGACGAUGCUGGCUCACCUCUUCUCUCAGCUGUUCGUCAUCAGCGUUCAGAUCAUCCUGCUGCUCCUCUUCAUCCUGCUCGUCUUCAAGAUGCCAAACGAAGGCUCCCUGGUCCUGGUCAUAAUCCUGAUCGUGCUGCAGGGCGUCACCGGCAUCUCGUUCGGCCUCGUCAUCUCGGCCGCCAUCGACGACGAGCAGAACGCCAACCAGGCGGCCCUGGGCAUCUUCUACCCCAACCUCAUCCUCAGUGGUAUCAUCUGGCCGGUGGAGUGUAUCCCGUAUCCUCUCCGCUACAUCAGCCUGGCGCUUCCUCAGACCUACGCGUCCGAAGCCCUUCGCUGUAUCAUGUACAGAGGCUGGGGUCUGUCUCGGAUGAUGGUGUGGCGAGGCUUCGCCGUCACUCUGGGCUGGAACACUUUCUUCCUCAUCCUGGCGACGGUCAUCCUGAAGCUGAGGACGUGACAGCCUCACCUGAGAGAUCGUCCGUCAGGAGCCGGCGGGUGAAGCCCCGGAGCCUCGACUCACCUGGGGCACCAGAAAACGGAAGGAAAAAGGCGAGCGGGGAGGGCAUCACUGGUUCAACGGACCAACGGGUUGAUGCAUCGGUCCUCCUCCUCCAAAUUCUCUUUCUCACACACAAACACACACUCCAGCUGCCUGGCUGAUCCUGCUGCAGUUGCUUUGGCCUGUGGGUGUAACGUCACGAAGCUGCACGUAGACGUUUACAAUACGCACAAAAUGUGAAUCAUGUGUUAAAUAGUGAAGAUAGCGUGUAGUGUUUUAGCUUGUUUCACUUCUACCUGCAGCUUCUUGAAAGCUUUUCACCUCUCGGACGGCCAUUCACCAACUCAGGGUCACUUUUGAACAUUUUUGUUUGCCCUUAGUCUUAAUGCUGAUAGAGAGAUUUUUCUUUUUGUUGACAGUAAAUGGAGCCUUUUGGGGGGGAAAAAAAAAAAAGAGGAAAAAGUCCUGAUGAAUCUACUGACUGUAGCUGCAGGACAUCGGUUUUGUCGGUGCAGCAUUUUAGAGAAAACAUAUGUACGUGUAAAUAAGAAGAGUCUUAGCACAAAAGAAGGCAUUCGUCCUCAAGAAAAUGUGAAAGCCGAGGCGAUCGUUGUUGCAUAACGUUGUGGGAACUAGAUUUUAAAGGUUGCUUCAUGUUGCCCAGAAGGUUCUCACUCGUUCCCACAGCUGCUCACUCGUCAUGUUCAAGUUUGACAUCCUGUCUGCUUUUGACAGGAAGCUGUGUUGCUAACGUAGCGGUGCGCCGUCAUCACUUCAGGUCCACAGCGUUCUCCAUAAUUUUUGUUUUUUUUGUGCCUGCGCUCCUGCGGGAGAAGGUUGGUGAUGGGAACGGACCGGUACUGUCUUCAUGUGUUUUUGUUCACCUCUGCUUUGCUGGACAGAGCGGAGGCUCGCUGAUAGAUUUCUUCUCACAGCUCAGGUGUGUCGUGCUCCUCCAGCUGUCUGCAUCCAUGUGAUUAUGUUGUUUACACCAAACCGCUCAAACUUUAUACUUCGUUUAGGAAUCUUCCUCUUACGAUGGUCGAGAAUAAAAGCACACAGGAGUAAAGCUGUUGUUGGCUUCAACAUGUCGUGGAGACGGUCUCGGCACUGUGGGUAGAAAAGGAAGAAAAAUCGAUGUAGACUGACACGUAGUUAGAGCUGGGUUUUCCUUCCUUCCAGUCUGUGAUGAAGGAAGCUUUUAAAAUCUCUCUUCAAGGUGCUUUUACGUGUAUUUUUGGUAUUUUUUUUGAAAAUACAACACAAGAACAUCUUUACAUUGUUUGCUAUUUUUCUAGAAGUGGGUGUUUUUUGUGUUCUCAUUUUUGCAUUUUGUAUAAACAACCACGAAACAAUACAAAAAAAGGACAUUAAGAUUGAAAUAAAAUACAAAAAUUAUUAGAAAAAUCUAACUGUACUCCAAACUUUAUCUCUAAACCAGUCAGCUGUGUCCACAAACUGUCCAUCCUGCUUUUAAAGGAAUAGUUUGACAUUUUGGAGGGAAAAAAAGUGCAUUAAAUUGAUGCUACUUUCUAAAUAUAAAGUUAAAAUUGUUAGCAAGUUAGCUUAGCUUAGCAUAAAGACUGGAAACGGGGGGAAGCGGCUAGCAUGGCUCUGCCCAACUACACUACAAAGUCUGUAUAUUAUAUCAGAUUUACUUACAUGCUUUGUUAUGCUCUAAAACUGCAAUUAAUCUUUAUUUCGUUUUUUUGGUUUGGAUAAAACAAAUUUAGAUUUAAUUUUAUUUGCUUUUAUCUUUAUCCGCAGAUAUCAGAGUGAUUUAAAAACCUCUCAUAACUCUCAGAAAGACAGAAAAUGAGCAUAUUUCUUGAACUAUUUCUUUAAAGUUGAGACCCACAGUGCUGAAAAACCACCAGACCAGCAUCACAUGUUGUGCCAAUCAAAGACAGAAAUGUUUACAUUCAUCACGACUUCAUAAACCGGAAUAUUUCUAAUUGGCAGACGGAUUAGAUUGCUGUAGAUCUAACCACAUGCACUCGUAUGUUAUGCUUAGAUGUGUUGUUCCCUCUGUACUAUCUGCGAUGCUAACCGUGCUGGUAAUGGCAGUUAUAUUACUAAUAUGUCCAUUAACAUGAUAAAUAAUGGAUCUUAAUGGCUGUAAAUUCCCCUGAUUGGUUUACGUCGUGGUCCAGUUUCCUGCACUGUAAAUCUGCUGCUGCUGCUCUGCUGUACAUUCGUCGGUAUCGCACGUUUUAAGGGACAUUGUGUUCUUGUUUGAUAAAGAAAAAUGAGGGGUUGUGACCUCUUCAAUCGUGUAAAAACCGACACGCUCCUAAACGGACUCAACUGUAUUUUGCCAAACGGUAGCUCUGCUCAUUUUCGUACCUUGAUAGAAAGCUGAAGCUGAAUCUUUCGUCCUGGUGUGAAAAUCUCUGUGCCUGACUUGACUCCCAUCACAUAUUCAUGUAUCUCUGUGGAAUAAGUCUGAAGUGGUGGACUGUCUCUACUGAAAUUAGGGCAGAUUGUGUGAAAUAACUGAAUUUUAUUCGCUAAUUUUGUGAGGACACUUUUAUUGUUUGGACAGUUGAAUUAUUAUUAUUAUUAUUAUUGCCAAAAACUGUGUUAAAUCUGUGUAAGAUUGGUGAUUUUGUUCAAAAGUGCUCUGUAUCCUUACCUGAGGAGGAGGAACAACCUUACAUUUUGCUGUAAACAUCCGUGUACCAGUGCUCCAGAUAGAAAUCUACCAACUAAAAGCAAACAUACUGGAGUGAAAAUCCACCUGUGUGAAGCACUUUAGAAGGUUUACAUGAACUGCAACUAUCCUACUAAAGACUUUAUUCCAAAAAACCUGAUUAUCUGGCUUCUCAAAAACUCUGCUGCACAUUGAGCGAGGACGCACUCAGUGUUGUAUGACAGCAUGUUGUGUUGAACCGUUGCCAUGCUAGCUGCUCAGUCACUUCAUCACUUCACUAAAAUGGCAAAAAAAUGACAUUUUUCAUUGACUUUAAUCCAUCUAAACAACUAUUUGAUGCAUUGUUGUGACAUUUGCUGCACACAUUCAUGAUCAAACUUAGUGUCUCACAAUCAUCUGCUGAGCCCAGGAUGCAGUGAUGGUGCCCCUUCAAAACAGUAACAGCAAAUAUAUUUUGGAACAUUUGCACUCAAGGAGGUGAUUAAAAUGGCUUAUUUGCCCCCCCCCCAAAAACCCCCACACAGAUGCCUUAUUGCAUCCAAAUCCUUGGUAAAAACGGCCAUUUUCAGCAUGUCGGUUGCUGCUUUCUGUGGUUGCUUAUACCCAUAGUCUACAUUCGGUCAGUCAGGCUAGGAAAAGGUAAAUUGCCUUGUACUUUGCUUUAUGAUUAAAUACCUACAAAACCUACUUUAAGGCACAAUAUGUACCAUUUCUCUACAUAAAUGUCUAUAAAUCUCUAUAUUGGUUGCAGCUCUCGUUCACUUUUGUGCUUAAAUGAUCCUAACAAACCAUCCUGUUUCCCACAACCCAGGCCUGGCUGAACAUUUUGAUAACAGCUCUGGACUAACUCAGUACAGCCUGACAGAAACAGAAGCUUUUUACUGUAAUUCAGCCUUCCAGCAAGUUCAGCAGAGAGCCCGUUGUAAACACACAUGACACAAAUUGCCUUUAAAUUUCUGCUGUUCCCUCGUAAUAUGAUAAAAUACUCUGAAAGUCUAUUAACGGGGCUAAUCUCGGUUAAUCUGUUUUGGUUGUUUCACAAUACAACCAUGUCUGGUUUUUGUAUGUGUGUGCUUUCUUUAUUGGAUGGAAGUGGGCAGGACAGGAAUACGUGGUUGCAUAAAUCUGACAUUUCACAAUAGGCCACUGAAUAUGACAGUUGGGUUGCUUUGCUUAUGUUGCCAAGCUGCCAUCCGUCAAGUCUGACCAAACAAUACCCACAGUGUCCUUACGAAGCACAACAGCUGAACUUUGAGUGUCAGACUAAUAAAUUAUGCUCAAGAAGCUUAAAUGUUCCUGAGAAAUGUUUUCAAAACAGGCGAAUGCAAAUCUGAAAUUCUCACUAAAAAAGUAAUUAAAAUCUAUAUCUGAUGGGCGCUUCAUGCAUAUUUUCUUGAAUUAUCUCCACAGUUGAUUCAGAGUUUGCAGUCUGGUGUUUUUUAGUUGGACUAGUUGCAGUUCAUGUAAGCAGAGUUCUGAAGGUUUCUGCUGUCGGGAUGAAGCACGUCCACUACCUCCGCUGUCUCCUCCCCAAAGGGCAUGUAAAGCAUCCACACUCCUGUGUUGUGACAUGUAUGCACUGUGAUAGCAGACACGCUUCGAUGAAGUUCUGUUCAUUUCUUCUCAAACAAACAAUAAACCUGGUUGUAAAAAUCCUCCCUUUGUCCUGACGUUCUGGAUUUCGGAGCCGUGCCAGGAUCUUUACUCGGCAAACCCCCACAAUUCCUGCGGUUGCAGAAACAGCCCGAGGCCGCGGACGACAGAUUUAUUUAAUGACAUAAUGCCUGCUUGCAUCACUGUGUUGCUCGUUGCCGUGGCGAUAACGAUGCCCCCGCUGCCUUCUGUAAAUUCUGGAUCCUCACCUGACUGUUUGAACUCCGUGUACGUGUCCUUGUGCCCACACUGCACAAUGAGAAGCCCUCUGCACAGAUGUGGGUGUUUUUCAUGUCUGCUGGAGGUAAUGAGUCCGUGCAUACUCAUGUGGGUUCGCAAACUGAGCACAAACAUUUCCUAAUGUGUGUUUAAACACAUUCAUGUGCUGCAAGUGCAUGAGCUUGCAGAAAUGUUUGUAUUUGCGUCUUUACUUGGUUGUGUGUCAAGUCACUAUUUACUGCUUUCAAAUAGAGAAAUAAAAGUGUUACGCAUUU